CGUACUUCUGCCUCUUGGUCGGGAUCCAGCGGGCCAUGGCGGCGACCUCGCCCCGCGGCCGCGGCGGCAGCGGCAGCGGCGGCGGCUACAGCUCCUCGGGCGCCGGCCGCCACCGCGCGCUCCUGCGCGCCCCGGGCCCUUCCGCCAUGUUCCGGCAAACUUCGCCCCGACUCCGCGCGGGCCGUCUCCCCGCCGCGCCGCCCGCGGUCACCUGCUGGGCCGGCGGCCCCGCCGCCGAGCGCGCCCCUCCCGGCGCCGCCCCGGCCCCUCCCGCCGGCCGCGCCCUCCGCCCGCCGGGGCCGCCUCCGAGCCCCGAGCCGCUGGCGCCGCCUCUCCCGCCCGCGCCCGGCAGGCUGACCGGCUGCGGCUCCGCCUCGCGGCGGCCGGAGCCGCUUCCCAGGGCGGACGGGGGUCUCCUCCUCUCCCCACCCUCCCCUCCCGGAGGAAGCCCGGGAGGCUGGACCCCGCGGGGCGGGCGCCGGGCUGCGCUGCAGGCGCUGGGCACAGCCGGGCGCGGUGUGCGGGCUGCGCUCCCUGCGCGCGGGGGUCGCGGACGGGGAAGGAGCUGGGAGGGUUUCUUCUCGCCCCCCGCACCCGCCGCGCCUGCACUCCGCGGGCGCUCGGUAAACCGCGGCGACUGGAAUGGCAGGACAGUUUUCCAUACUGAAAGGCUUUCAGGACAGCACAGGACCUGAAAUUCCACAAGGGACUGUCCUGAAAUUUGGCUGGCCUGGCAAAAGUGUCUGAAGCCGAUACAAAUGAAAUCAUGGCCUUCCCGCUGUCUUCACCAAGGACAAAGGUGCUGAUUUGACAUCGCCCAGCCCCAACGAAUCUAUGGAUUUGGAAAUAACUGGGUCCUCUCUCUACAUACUAUGAUGUUAUCUCCAACAAGGAAGGAAAUGAGACAGGAAGGGUCUGGACUCCCUGCAGAUAGCUUUCACAGUUUACAAUAAGAAUUCGAAUACCACCAAAGGCAUUAGGCAACAUUUAAAACACAAAUCAACUGUGUCUAGCAUGAUAGAUGGCAAAGAAAUUUCUGGCACCAAGAAUCUCUCUUUAAGCACCACUUCCACACAGCGCCAGCUAAAUAAUGUAACAGCCUCUGCACUCUUUCCAAAUCGAGGAUGAAAUUAUGUAUUUCUCCCAUGACACAGAGGAUACCAGAAAGCAGCAUUUCCUGAAAUAAAACAUGCAGGGUAAAUGAAAUCAGCAGCUAAGGGAGACUCUCUUGUGUUUUCUUUCUUUAAUUUUUAAAACAACCUUUAUUAUUGAAGUAAGGCAUGCAUGAAAGAGUAAAAAAAAAAGGAUGUAUAUUGUAGCACAUUUUUACACACAUCCAUGUAACUAUCAAUUUAGAUAAAAGGGGAGAUGCAAUCAUUUCUUCAAAGUUUCCGUGCCCUUCUCCUCAAAAGUUAUCAUAAUCCUGAAGACAUUUAAAAAAUUUUUAAAAAUUCACAAGCCAUAUAAAACAUAUUUAUAUAAUCAAUAAUCAUUGUAUGGUGAACUCUUAUAACCACCACCUGGGUCAUCAUGGAUAAAAACUUGGCCAGCCACAGUUACAGACCAAGUUGUGUGAUCUGCAGAUUCACCUGUAGAGCCCUGACCCAAGAGAGAGCCACUGUGUUUGGAGAGUAGGUUUACAUGAGGCUGUAGGGCUGGGGCCCUGAUCUGGCGUGACUUGUGUCCCUGUAAGAAGAGGGAGAGACACUAGGGAGGCUCACACACAGAGGUAAGACCAUGUGAAGAGGCAGCAAGAGGGAGACUGUAGCGCCAA